CAAUGCGCUCGACUGAACCCAACUCCUUAUCCAAACUUAAGGUGGGCAGAGGCAGAGCAGAGCAGGGGCGCCAUGGCCACCAUCCGCCCUUUCCCCUCCUCCUUCAACUCCCUGACGGCCGGGACGACGAGCAGGAGGACCAGGCUCGUAUUCUGCUGCUCCUGCAGCGCCACCGGCGAUGAGGCGCUGACGGUGGCCAUCACCGGAGCCACCGGGUUCGUCGGACGUAGAUUGGUGCAGAAGCUCCUCUCCGAUGAUCACAAGGUCUGCGUCUUGACUCGCUCUGCCACCAAGGCCGCCUCUGUUUUCCCCUCUUCGGCGUAUCCGGGAGUUACCGUCGCCGAACAGGGAGACUGGGAGCAGUGUAUCAAGAGCUCCAACGCUGUUGUGAACCUGGCAGGAAUGCCAAUUAGCACGAGGUGGUCACCCGAGGUUAAGAAGGAGAUUAUGCAGAGCCGAGUCAAUGUCACGUCAAAGGUUGUGGAUCACAUCAACAAUGCCAGCGCUGACGCCAGGCCCUCUGUUUUUGUCAGUGCAACAGCUGUCGGUUAUUACGGUACAAGCGAAACCGAUAGCUUCGACGAAUCGAGCCCAUCAGGCAAAGACUACCUAGCAGAGGUGUGCCGAGAGUGGGAAGGCAGGGCACGUCAGGUAAAUGAGGACGACGUCCGGCUCGUGCUAAUUCGGAUCGGCGUUGUUCUUGGUAAGGAUGGCGGCGCUCUAGCCAAGAUGAUUCCCCUUUUCAUGAUGUUCGCCGGUGGACCCUUAGGCAGCGGAAGGCAAUGGUUUUCUUGGAUCCAUCUGGAUGACCUGGUGGACCUGAUAUACGAGUCCAUCAAGAACCCGGCAUACAGGGGCGUGAUCAAUGGCACAGCGCCCAACCCGGUGCGGCUCGCAGAGAUGUGCGACCGGCUGGGCCAGGUGGUGGGACGCCCAUCCUGGCUGCCCGUCCCGGAGCUCGCGCUCAAGGCCGUGCUCGGAGAAGGCGCCACGGUGGUGCUGGAUGGACAAAAGGUCCUCCCCGUCAGGGCCAAUCAGCUCGGCUUCUCGUACCGGUACCCCUACAUUCGAGACGCUCUCAAGGCCAUCGCCAAGGAGCUCUAGCUAGCUUGGUAUGGUCACUCAUGUCUUUUAGGUUUCUUGAGAAACUGGCUCAUGGAUUACGGUGGAGAUAAACGAAGCUAAUGAACAAAAGAGUUUUACUAUUUUAUCGGCUUAUAGAAUGAUGUAACCUUGGAUUAAAGAAACUCGUGCAAAGUAUAUAAUUUGAAUUGCGACUUGGUUAAUGGAUAUCAUGAUUCCCAUUCUAUAUGGAAUCAAAAGCUUUUUCCA